UGGACCCGGACCCAUCAAAUAUAGCUGAACAAUUACGAUGAGACCGACCCGGUCAUUUAUUUGACCCGAAUAUAUUAAUUCCACACACUCCAAUUCUUGUUCCCUUCUCUCAACUACCCUUCUUCUCUGCUUCCACUUCUUCGAUUUCUCCCCAUACACACAACUCUCUUCACUCCAAUGUCAUCCGACGAUGCUCACUCCUCCUCAUCAGAGCACGACUCCACCGAUCAAAACCCUAACCCUAGCACCUCAAUCGACCAAUCUCUCGACGCAAUUGAAGGUCAAUUAACCUCAAUCUCACUCAACCACCGCAAUUCCCCUCUCCCGGAGCCCCCGAUUCCACCUCCUCAUCACGGAAUCGGUGAUACAUUGCCUUCCGAUGCGCAUUCGCAAGUGGAAGAAGUAGGAGCAGUUGAGAAGUCUGGUUCCGAUGUGGAAGUCGAGAAUUCGGUGUCGCGAGGGGAAGGAGUGUUGUGGAGGAAUAGCUCGGAUGUGGAAGGGGAAGUGGAAGGGCAGGGGAGUCCGAGUAGUAGUGGAUAUGCGGGCGGGAAAGGGACGAGUAGUAGUAGUGGUGUGAGUGGUUCCGGUAUCGAGGAGAUUAGUGGUGAUGAGGUUGAUCAAGGUGAGGGAGGUAUAAGGAGUGGCUCUUUUGGGGGUAGUGUGGAUUCGGAGUGGGUUCCAGGGAAACGACAUGUUAAUGAAGAUGAUGCUUCUGUAUCAUGGAGGAAAAGGAAAAAGCAUUUCUUUGUAUUAAGCCAUUCUGGAAAACCAAUAUACUCGAGAUAUGGAGAUGAACACAGACUAGCAGGAUUUUCAGCAACUUUGCAAGCCAUCAUUUCCUUUGUGGAGAAUGGGGGUGAUCGUGUGAAGUUGGUUAGGGCAGGAAAACACCAGGUGGUUUUUCUUGUUAAAGGACCAAUAUAUCUAGUUUGCAUAAGCUGUACAGAAGAACCUCAUGAAUCUCUCAAUGAACAACUGGAACUUCUUUAUGGCCAGAUGAUACUUAUUCUGACAAAGUCUAUAAAUAGAUGCUUCGAGAAGAAUCCUAAAUUUGAUAUGACGCCUUUGCUUGGGGGAACAGAUGCUGUAUUCUCUUCUCUCAUCCACUCAUAUAGUUGGAACCCCGCCACUUUCCUCCAUGCCUACUCUUGUCUUCCCCUUGCUUAUCCAACAAGGCAAGCUGCUGGUGCCAUAUUGCAGGAUGUUGCUGAGUCAGGCGUCCUCUUCGCAAUAUUAAUGUGUAAACACAAGGUCAUCAGUCUGGUUGGGGCACAAAAAGCAUCUCUUCAUCCUGAUGAUAUGCUCUUGCUUGCCAACUUUGUGAUGUCAUCUGAAUCAUUUAGGACAUCAGAAUCUUUCUCCCCAAUCUGUCUUCCGAGAUACAAUCCAAUGGCAUUUUUAUAUGCAUAUGUAUAUUAUCUUGAUGCUGAUACAUAUUUAAUGCUGCUCACUGCUAAUCCAGAUGCAUUUUAUCGUCUAAAAGAUUGGAGGAUCCGAAUCGAGAUGGUCCUUCUGAAGUCAAAUGUUCUUAAUGAAGCUCAGAGGUCGAUGUUGGAUGGUGGCAUGCAUGUUGAGGAUUUGCCUGUUGAUCCAUCCCCUCGUUCUGGAUCUUUGUCAUCUCAUUUAGGUCAGCCUAGACCUCCACCAGACUCUGCAGACAGGUGUAAGGCACUGUUAGGUGGUCCUUGCGGACUCUGGCACUUCAUUUACCGCAGUAUAUAUUUGGAUCAAUAUGUAUCUUCUGAGUUCUCAUCACCAAUUAAUACUCCUAAACAACAGAAAAGAUUAUAUAGAGCAUAUCAGAAGCUGUAUACGUCAAUGCAUGAUAGAGAACUUGGUCCGCACAAAACCCAGUUUAGAAGGGACAAUAACUAUGUUUUACUCUGUUGGGUUACUCAGGAUUUUGAACUUUAUGCAGCAUUUGAUCCUCUAGCAGACAAGGCACUAGCUAUAAAGACAUGCAACCGGGUCUGCCAGUGGGUCAAAGAUGUGGAGAAUGAAGUUUUUUUGUUGGGAGCAAGCCCCUUUUCAUGGUGACGUUCCCAGAAAAGUAUGUGUUUUUGUAUUCUAGUUUUGAUUUUUGAAUAAGAUUUUAACACGGCAAUUUUAUGCCAAUCGUAGUAUAUCAAUCUUUUAGUUCAUUAAAUGUUUGUACCAUCAGAUGUAUUUCACAUUUACUUGUAUUUAGGUCUGUAAUCCAUCUCUAGGUAUAUUUAUGAGUCCUCAUUGAGGCCAACCUACAAUUUUGCAAUAGAAGACCUGAAUUGUUUAUGUACAAUCAGGAUUAGCUUGCAUAA